CCCCCAGGCUGUCCUUCGACAAGGAAGAGAUGGUGCGCCGGGCGCUGCGCCUCAUGGAGCUCUACAAGGAGGUCGGCAUCAGCAAGGAGCGAGUCCUCAUCAAGCUGUCCUCCACCUGGGAGGGGAUCCAGGCCGGAAAGAUCCUGGAGGAGCAGCACGGCGUCCACUGCAACAUGACGCUCCUGUUCUCCUUCGCCCAGGCCGUGGCCUGCGCCGAGGCCGGCGUCACCCUCAUCUCCCCCUUCGUGGGCCGCAUCCUGGACUGGCACGUGGCCAACACGGACAAGAAGACCUUCGAGCCGCACGAGGACCCAGGCGUGAGGAGCGUCACCAAGAUCUACAACUACUACAAGAAGUUCGGCUACAAGACCAUCGUGAUGGGCGCCUCCUUCCGCAACGUGGGCGAGAUCAAGGCCCUGGCGGGCUGCGACUACCUCACCAUCUCGCCCAAGCUGCUGGCCGAGCUGCUCAAGGACGGCAGCAAGCUGGGGCCGGCGCUCAGCGCCCAGGAAGCCCAGGCCUGCAGCCUGCAGAAGGUCCACCUGGACGAGGCCGCCUUCCGCUGGGAGCACAACGAGGACCAGAUGGCCGUGGAGAAGCUGUCCGACGGCAUCCGCAAGUUCGCCGCCGACGCCGUGAAGCUGGAGAAGAUGCUGCAGGAUCGGAUGUUCAGUGCCGCAAACGGCCGCUAGCCGGACUCGGGGACGGACGGCGGGACCCGCGCCUGGAGUCUAGGCUGAGCUGGUGGAGGGGCCGGUGGACGGCCCGACGACGGACGGCCCGA